AUGUUUAAACCUGUCUCUUGUCUUAGUUUCUUUGUCUGCUUAGAGAGAAUAACGAGACAAAUUUAUCGCACUGAAUCACUUCGCACGCUUGGAGCUGCUGCUUCAUCAUCGGCUCAGAAUAUGAUCAACACCUUCGACGAGGGCAAUUCUUCUUUAACCAGCAACAACACCUAUUCUGCCGAUCCUAUCAGCUAUAUUAACUCUGAUACAUAUACCGACCUUACUACUUCUGCAAACCCUAAAGCCUUUGUCGAUCCCUCAACGUCUGUCGCCACUGCUGGCAAAGACUCUGAGGUUGAGGCUGACCCUAUGGAUCUCCAUACCAUUUUCAAUAAACAGGCACAAGGCAACCAGCUCUCAGAUCAAGACAUCAACAAGUUGAACAGCAUCAUCCAAUCUGGUGGCUCAGAUGUGAAAGAUAAACUGGCCUCUAUUGCAAGCAAGACACUGUUGAAACAAAAAUGGGAUGCUACAGACGAUAUCAUAGCCAAGCUAUCCUUAUCAUCUAUUUGCAACCUUAUUUCGCCAACCACAUUUGAUGUGCUUAAAGAUAUUCUUGGUAACGAAGAACUUUUGCGCCUAGAUAAUUUGCCUCAGCCAUCCUAUCCUGGUCUCUCAGCUGAAAAUGGGCGAUUGCUGAAAGACUUAUUGGAAUCAAGUGAUAAUGUGAAUGAUCUCUUGGAAAAAGUGUAUACCAACCAGAGGGAUCUUGUGGCAAAAGGCAAAAGAACAAGCGAACUAUACACAGCGCUUGCCAUGAUCCAUUUAGUAGUCGAAAAUUUGGAAAAUUGGAAAGUGAUUGACUCGGAAAUGACGGUUUACAGAAGGCUGGCAUCGCUUUUGGAUAUCCUAUUCUGGCGUUCCCCUGUGGACCUUGUGGAUGGCGACUGCUCCUCUUUAUCAUCAAAAGAUGCCAUGAUCUUGAAUCAGACCGACGAUAGUGAUAUGGUCACAUCCUAUGGUCGCAAAAUCGACUUGAUGAUCAUGACUUCAACUCAAAAUUUCCGCAUUGAGUUGAAUUCAUCGGAAUGGAAAAGACAUCACGCAAGUCCAACACUCGUUCUAAAGCAGCAAUCAAAGAAUCUAAGGACCAAUGCCUCAAUUCUUGCUAAGUUGAUAAGGCUGGCAGAUUGCGACCAUGUUAUUGCCAUGGAUUGGAUUGGAACAACCGGAUAUAUGUACAUUUUAAUGAACGACAACGGCAUCUUUGUGGCAAAAUCAAUGGCUUGUUUGGCAAUCCCAACAUCGUUUGGUCAGCUCAAAGGUUUUCAAAAGACGUUGAACAGUCUUUUUUCCUGGAAAAAACAUGUGGAGUCAUUGGCCAUGAAAAUCUGUCAUGCUGUGGACAAAAAAAAAAUUCCCUUGAAUGGCAUUGUGCGGAAAUCUACUUCAGAAUCCAUUCUUGCACCAUCACAACCCAUAGCAACCCCUGUUUUUUCACCGAAACAGAAAAAGCGCACUUUGGCUCAAGUGGAACAAUAAAUGAGUCGAUAGCAAUGCAAGACACUGGUUUUUCUCUCUGCUAAAUAAAGAACCACGAUCUAUCUCUUUUUUUUUUUCUUGAUACGUCGUAUCGGCAAUGUACUAUGAUAGGCG